AGCGCGGACGGCGCGCUAGGGAGGGCACCUUCCUCCGGCGCGCUUCUGGAGACCAGUUGCUGGGCACCGCCGGAGCGGAGAGGCCUCUUGCGGGCUCCCACGGGCCUCUGGCUGGCCGCUGGCCUCAUCCGGCAGGCUCUGCUGAUGUGCCGAGGAUCUCUGCCUGAGGCAGCAGCUUGCAGGAGGCCCCCCUGGCCCUCGGGAUCAGCUGACCCCCCUUUCCAGCCUCUUCAAGGCCUGGUGCUCAGGGGGUCGCGUGUCCCAGCCUCGAAGGUCCCUGCAGCCAGCCAGCGUUCCGCUUCAUCACUUGGGCCAGCAUGUCCCUCCCCAUAGGAAAGGCGGGGGGAUCCCAGCCGCUGGUCUUCACAGCGCCUGAGAUGGAGUGCAAGAUCUGCUACGAGCGCUUUGAUGGGCGCAGCCGUCGGCCAAAGCUGCUGAGCUGCCGCCACCGCAUGUGCACCCGGUGCCUACGCAAGAUGGUGGACGUUGGCGAGUCCCCUGGGUGCCUCAGCUGCCCCUUCUGCCGCCAGGAGAUGCUGCUGCCGGACAAGGACGUGGGCCAGCUGCAGGAUGACGGGCAGGUGCUGGCCCUGCUGAGCUGCCGGGAGCGGGCCCGGAAGCAAGGGGGCCCGGCUCCGGAGGUGCUCCUGUGCCCCAGUAUCCUGGAGCCGUUUGCGGGCGGCAAGCACAGCUCCUCCUCGGACUGCCUGGUCAUCACCCUCCUGGAGAUGCCCGAGGACAUGGCGGCCCCCGAGGGGGUGGGGGUCCUAGAUGUCAUGCGGCUGUACCGCCCGCCCAGCGUGGCUUCCCUGCCCUGCCCCGCCUCCCUGGACAAGUGCCUGCCCUGCCCUGCCUGGCGUGCCUUCCCUCGCUUCCUCCUGGGCGUCCUCUGCCUAGUGUACUUCAGCUCCCUGCCCUUUGGCAUCUACCUUCUCCUCGUGAAACGCCUCAACCUGGGCAUCAUCUUGGUCAGCCUGGUGCCUUCCACCCUCAUCCUCUGCGUCUUCUACAGCUUGUGCCAGUGCUUGUGCCAUGAGAUCUUCAGCUUCCCUUCUUGAACUGCCUGGUGGGAAGAGUGCAUUCUGGCAGGAGUCAAGGCCCGGGUGGGCCUCCUGGAAGCGCCCAAGAGACACCUCACUCUCCUGGCCCCUCCACUCACAUAGUCCCAGCCACCCCUCUUGGAAGCCGGUCUGAACAUCAGCCUGUCAUGCAGAGGCCUCGUGGGGCCCAGAUGUCCAAGGGGCAGCCCCACCUCGGACAAGAGCCUGGGCAUUGUGCAUGCCCUUCUGCAUCUCAAAGCUGAAAGCGCAGCCGGUUGUUUUUCAUAUGUGGACAAUGGACUUCUAGCAUGGUGAAGAAACAGCCAGACAUUCAUGAGGUCUAGCAACAUGGGUAUCAGAGAAUUUAUUCAUGUCAAAAUAUAUUUUUCCUUGCAGUGGAGAGCACAUAAUUUCACAUUGAGAUGUUCAUAGACGUGUUCUUUUAUUAAAUACUUCACUCCACAAAUAAGACCUCCAACUUCAGUCAAUUCUGACAAAAUUAGGUCUUCUCAAGUACGACAAUACUGAGGCACCCAAUCAUUGGAAGCUGGCAGGUUGUUCACAUUUAUUACUCACCAGCACCCAUAUUCAUUGAAGGAAGGAGAGGAGAGGCCUGCCAAGAGCCAUUAGCCACAAUUCUAAACAACCUCCAUAAUCAGGGGCAGCGUUCCUCUCAACAGCAGGUGCCCAUCACCUUCCUCCCUUUCAGCUUUCUGGAGCCAUCUGGUGCUGGAGUACAUGAGGCUGCAGCUUGGUCUAAGCCAGCCACAGGGCUGCUCUGCUCUUUUGUGUAUUGAUCCUGCCUCUCUUGAACAGGUACAUUGGGAGGCCUUGUUGGAGGGGGGAGAGAAUCGCAAGGGUGGGGUGCCCAGGAUGUAGAAGGUGGCACGGGCCAUCCACCUGUGGAGUGCUGCUUCCCCCUUCUCUGUCUGCAUCUGUCUAGCAGAGCAGGGGAUGGCAAGGCUUGUGGCAAGGGGGAGGCAGCCCCCACCCCACUCCGCUGAGCAACGGCCUGGGGCUGGCGUGGGAACAAGCAAGGUCCUCCACUUGCACACCUUGAUGUGGCUACCUGCUGCUCCCUUGACAUCUGCUGGCUCACCCCACCCCCCUUGAGCUGAUCACACCUAGUGGGUCCAGAGAGAUUAACCUUACAAACAAGACACAGGGUGUAAAGGGGGUGCUUUUGGGGAGGGGAGAAUGUAGCCAGGGCAUUUCAGAAGUCAGAGACACCCCCACCCCAGCAUGUUCUGUAGAGUAUAUUUAGCAAUCUGCUGAGGCUAGAAGCAAGCCUGUAAGAAGAAGAGGUGCCCCACCUAAGGGUGCUCGGUCCCUUGGCCUUUCUCCCAAGUCACAACCUCCUGCGUGUCAGUCUCAAGGCCUGGCUCGCUCGAUUCAUUACGCUCGUCAAAAGGGUGAAAGGAAAUGCUGUUUUUGUUUCCAGCCCCCAUGCCAUUAAAACCAGCAGAACAGUGCCCCCCCCAAACAGUGUCUGUGUUCUCCAUUGGCAUUCUGUGUGCAAAUUCUGGUUUUGCCAGUCUUACUGUGAUGGCAAAAGAGCACUUCACGUCUGUGGAUCUUCUUCAUCCGUGGCUCAUCCCUACUGAGUCCGUUCAGGUGGUCCCAGAGGCUGUGUGAGAAAACAAAGAAGGGGUUG